AUGGAAAUGAAGUUUGAAAAGUUUGAAGCAAAUGCCCAAAAACUUUUUGAAAAUAUUAAAAGUUCAUUUAGACUUAAAAUUGCUGAAAACCCGAGUUAUGCUGAAGAAGUUUCUGAUGCAAUAGUCGCUAGAUUAGUUGAAGAAAUUUUGAGGGAGACCACUUGUGAUAUCCACAGAGCAAUCAAGUUAGGAUAUAGUAAUUUGGUUUAUGCAAAAACAUAUGAUCAUUCUUUAGAUGACAUUGAUUUACCAUUUUACCCGGAAAAUGUUGAUAGCAAAACUGAAGAUAUUAAUUGUCCUAAGUGUCAUAAGUUAAUUCAUGCUUCUCGCUUUGCACCACAUUUAGAAAGGUGUAUGCAGCAGGGACGAAAUAGUUCUCGAAUUGCAAGCCAAAGAAUUGCUAAUAAUUCAAAAGAGUGUUCUUAUGGCAUGGGUUCUGAUGAAGAUGAUGAUUGGAAAGCUGAAAAGAGCAGAAGUGUAAAAAAAAUCGAUGGGAAGAGGAAGAAAGAUUCUGCUCGAAAACAGAAGCCGUACAAGUCCGAUCUUUCAAAAAAUCAGAAAGAUGCAGGAAAUAUCUCAGCUAAUAUAAAAGAUAUCUUUCAAUCGACCAGUAAGUCAGGAAGAGAACAUUAUGGCAAAAGUUCUAAGGAUCAGGACCCUGAAGUAUGGAUAAGUCCAAACAAGGUAGCAUCAGGAAUUGAUGAUAAGUCACUUAUUUUAUCCACGAGAUGUGGUGUAAAAUCUGAUCAUACAGGUAAAUAUUGUGGUAGGUCUUUAAGAUGCCCCCUUCAUUCUGAUGCUGAUCGAGCUGUAGCAAGAAAAUUGUUGUCUGGUGAAAGCAUGGAUAUAGAUGUUGAAGAUGUUGAAUCUCUUGCAACCAUACUAGGUAAUAAACCUGUCCCAUCCAUUUCCACUCUUUCCUUUCCAAUGCUACUCUCCUCCAGGCUGCUUCCCUGCAGUUCUUCUUCAUCUCCUUGUCCCAGUCUGUCAGCACCCGCUGUCCUCUCUUCCUCACUUGCUCUCUUGGGUACUAAUCCAUAA